CUGGAUAUAGUUGAAUCGAUUCGAUUUCUUAUAACGCAGUGUGUUUGUUUGCUCAUCUUGUUCAAUUUGAUCUUUAUGCUGUUUCUGAUUGAUGGAUAUAAAUGAGGAGUCUGCCACUUUUUUAUUUUAUUUUUUUUAGUGGAUGAAUUUGGAUCACUAAGUUGAACUGGGAUGAAUACUUUUUGAACUUAGCCUCCUUAGAACUAACAGACAGUUUUGCCGCAUAUGUCGCAAAAGGAACUACUACAUUAGUUGGAAGAUGAACUGUAGAGAUUACUGCACUCAUGGACUUUCCGCCAUGCUGUGAAGUGCUCAAUGAGGUCUUAUAGAUUAUCGGAGCUUACACCCUCAGAGGUUGAUAAACUGAAAGCCCGGCCCCGAAUUGAUUUUUCGUCAAUAUUCAGCAUUGUUCAGCCCAUUGUUGAUGACGUACGAGCCAGAGGUGAUAUAGCUGUCAAAGAAUAUACCAGGAAAUUUGACAAAGUUGAAAUGGACAUGAUCGUUGAUGACAUCAAUGAUCUUCCAGAUCCAGAGCUUGAUGAGGUUGUUCGAGAAGCUUUUGAUGUGGCCUACAACAACAUAUAUGCUUUCCAUGCUGCUCAAAAGCCAGUUGAAAAAUUUGUGGAGAACAUGGAAGGUGUAAAGUGUAAACGGGUAGCAAGGAGCAUUUCUUCUGUAGGGCUUUAUGUUCCAGGAGGAACUGCAGUGUUACCUUCAACAGCUUUGAUGCUUUCAGUUCCUGCUCAAAUUGCUGGCUGCAAAACUGUAGUGCUUGCAACCCCUCCUGGUCAGGAUGGAAGCAUCUGUAAGGAAGUUCUAUAUUGUGCGAAAAAAGCUGGUGUUACUCACAUUCUGAAAGCUGGGGGAGCUCAGGCCGUUUCUGCGAUGGCCUGGGGCACACAAUCUUGUCCCAAGGUUGAAAAGAUAUAUGGCCCAGGAAAUCAGUACGUUACCGCUGCGAAAAUGAUUUUACAAAACAGUGAGGCCAUGGUAUCAAUUGACAUGCCUGCAGGACCAUCUGAAGUGCUUGUAAUAGCUGACAAACAUGCGAGUCCCGCACAUGUUGCAGCUGACUUACUUUCCCAGGCUGAGCAUGGUCCUGAUAGUCAGGUAGUGUUGGUCAUUGCUGGAGAAGGAGUUAAUUUAGAUGCCAUUGAUGAAGAAAUCAACAAACAGUGCCAAAGCCUUCCAAGGGGGGAUUUUGCUUCAAAAGCACUCAGCCACAGCUUUACAGUGCUAGCGCGUGACAUGGUUGAGGCUAUCAAUUUCUCAAAUAUGUAUGCCCCUGAACACUUGAUCAUUAAUGUCAAAGAUGCUGAAAAGUGGGAGAGUUUCAUUGAGAAUGCAGGAUCUGUAUUCUUAGGGCAGUGGACACCUGAGAGUGUUGGAGAUUAUGCAAGUGGGACAAACCAUGUGCUUCCAACUUAUGGAUAUGCAAGGAUGUAUGGUGGGGUCUCUUUAGACUCCUUCCUGAAGUACAUUACCGUGCAGUCCUUAACCGAAGACGGCUUGAGAAACCUUGGACCUUAUGUAGCAACGAUGGCAGAUAUUGAGGGACUAGAUGCUCACAAAAGAGCAGUAACCCUGAGACUUUCAGACAUCGAAGCAAGGCGAAAAUCACAAACGAGAUAG